UUUAGAGUAUGUAGUUAUUAUAAGAUAAAACUAUGUUAUUGGUAGAACAGUCAUUUAGGAGACACUGAAAAAUGAAAGGCUAAGAAAAAAGUUUAAAAAUAAAUCAAUAUGUGAAAAUACAUUGGGAAAAUUUAAUAUACUGACAUUUUUGUGUUGUAUAUAUCAAUAACAAGAAUAAGUUUGAACAAGGAAAUAUACAAGAUGGCAACAGGCAGACAAUUAAAUACAGAUAUUCUUUCUGAUGAAAUAUUUGAUAUACUAUGUUCUAUGUGUAAAAAUCAAGGCACAAACACUGAAGCUGGUAAAUUCUGUGUAGAUUGUGAUGAUUAUUUCUGUGAAAACUGUGUCAAAGUUCACAGUCAAGUGCCUUUAUGUGCUGGCCACAAGGUGUUGGAUACUUCUCAGUUCCAGUCAGGAAUCAGCAAAAGUCUGCCGAGGGCACCAACAGAGAGAUGUGACAGACACAGUCAUAAACAUAUUGAUAUGUACUGUCAGAACCACGAUAAAGUCGGCUGUUCUACAUGUAUGGCAGUUGAUCAUAGAUCAUGCCAGGAUACAUUCUACAUACCAGAAUUUAUCCAAAAUAUACAUAUAUAUAAAUCUUACCAAGUUGCUCAAAGAGAAAUUCAAACAAAACUAAAAUCUUUAGCAAACACCCUUGUAGAGCAAGCUGAUAGAUUUACACAAGAUAAACAAAGGCUGCUGAAGAGAAAGGCAGAGUUAUUGGCUGAUAUCAGAAAAUUCCGAAAAGAAAUCAAUGACCAACUUGACAAGCUAGAGAAAAAUUCUGUAGAUGAGAUAGAAGAUAAAGUCAAAUGUCUUGAAGACAAGAUUGAAGAGAGUCUCAAACAGCUACAAGCACAUAAAGCCAAGGUUACAUCAGCUAAUGAUAAAUUAGCAUCUCCAAACCAAAAUCAAGCUGAGGUGUUUGUGUAUGUGCAGAUAGCAGAGGAUGCUGCAAAAGCUGCCAAAAAAUGUAUAGUAGAUACAAGAAUCAACUGUACAUUAAACGACUUCGAGUUUCAUCCUCAUAAUACAUUUCCUAAAGAGCUAGAACAAAAUGAAACCCUUGGCACACUAUCAGAGAAACCUACUUCUUUUCAGAUUAAAGGACAACAAUCAUAUUGUGUAAAAGUUGAGUCUGAUGAACAAGACUGCUAUAUCACAGGUGCCUGCUGUAUGGAAGAUGGUACAAUCAUUUUAGCAGAUAGUUUAAAUAAUAAGCUUAAAAGGUUGCAUAGUUACAAGUAUACAGUCAUAGACUACUGUCAUCUUCCUGCAUAUCCAAAUCAAGUGUGCAUGAUCAAUAACACACAAGUAGCAGUAACUGUGCCAUCAAAACAAGAGGUUCAUUUUGUUUCUCUAGAAGGACAAAUGAAAAGUACAAACAAGAUUAUGACUGAUUUUGAAUGUUAUGGUCUUGCAUACAUAAACAAUAAUUUAUAUAUUUCAGACGGUAACACAUCAGUUUAUAUGUAUACAUUGUCUGGUAGGAAACUUAAACAGUUUAGUAAGACCCAAUCAGGACAAAAGCUGUUCUCAGACAUACGCAGUCUAGCUGUCAGUAAGGAUGGUACAAGGAUUUAUGUUGCUGAUUAUCACAGUGGACUGAUAGUACUGGACAACAAUGGUCAGGUUAUCACCACAUAUAAUGGUGAACAAUUACAGAUAGCUAAUUGUUGUUACAUCACUGAAGCAGGUAGUGUACUGGUAUCUGGAAUUAUUUCUAAUAAUGUUUUACAGUUUACACCUGAUGGUGAACUAAUAGGAGAGGUUAUUGAUGCUCAAAGGGGAAAAGGUGGAAUAUCAUCAGUCAUCUGUAAUCAACAAAUGUCAAGGACAUGUAUCAGCAGAUAUUAUGAUUAUAACAUUGAAGUGUACUAUAUCUGAUUAGAAUAACAUUUUGCCAUCUAAUUAUUUAACAAGAGCCACCGCCGGGCGGGGCAACGCUCG